CAAAAAAGGAGGCCUGGUGACACUGCUGCAAAAGGAUUUUCCAGAACUGUUGGCCUGUCAUUGUUUGGCUCAUAGACUAGAACUUUCUUUUCGUGACAUGGUCAAGGGAGAUAAAAAGUAUGAGCGUCUGUCUACCCUACUCCUUGGUAUAUUCUACUUUUACAAAAGGAGCCCAAAGCAACGCAGUAAUCUCAGACACACCUUUAAGGUGAUGAAUGUAAAGGGCACACUUCCCCACAGAGUAUCAGGCAGUCGCUGGAUGCCACACAUGCAAAGAGCAUUAAAGUCGCUCUUUUCAAGUUUUCCUGGAUAUGUCUCUCAUCUGCAGAAUGAGUCGCAUACCAAUCCCAAAGCAGAGGGUCUGGUGAAAAUCAUGUGCAACUUCCAAGUUAUUGUUUAUGCCACAGUGUUACUGGAUGUCUUGAAUCCACUGGUCAGACUAUCCCUCUUUCUACAGUCCAGGGAUGUGACACUAGCUGAUGUCCAUUUGAUGGUACAAUCCACUCUCAGCCAUUUAAAAUCUCUGGAUCAGAAGAAGAGUGAGACUCUUUUAAACUUGGAAGAAACCAAGGAAGUUGCAGGCAUGCCAUUAACAUCUGCAGGGCCCUUUGACAGUGAUUCUUUAAUUAAGAAAAUGGUUACUGGCAUGACAAAGGCAAUAAGUAUUAGAUUUGCAGAUCUUGGAGAUGAAGUGAAAUUUACAGAAAUUGCCAACUUUAGAAACUGGCCGAUGGAGGAAUUGAAAGGUAAUAAUGAUUAAAUACUGUAUUAUAAUAGCAAAUGAGGUUACAAAAUGAUUUAUGAUAUGUGGAUUGUCUGUAAACAAACAUCUAAUGUGAACAUUUCAGAAAAUACCAGAUAUGUAAGUUUUUAUCAUAGAAAUAGAAAUAAUAUAUGGUUGAGGUGUAGUUGUAUUGGGACUUUGCCUAUGUAUUCAUGCAUGCCCAUGCUUCGGCUUUUUACCUGUAUCUCACUCCGACACUAGCUACUAGCCUGUAACAAACCCACCCUGGCUCUUACACUAACUACUAGCCUGUAACAAACACACUCCAGCACAAUCCAGUGUAACAUAUUCAUAUUGACCUCAUACAAUAAACACAACAAAUAUAUCUGUUAAAUCAUUUUAGACUAUGGAUGUAAUCAUGUUGAUGCUGUCACCAAUCGAUUUAAGGACACUUUAACUCAGCAAGGCGUGCAUGUAGAUGAUUUGCAGGACCAGUGGUCCUUGCUUAAAACUCUUGUGCAAAAAAAAUAUGGAAAUAAGCUGAACACUGUUAAGUGGACACAUGUUUGGAAUUGCUUUUCUGACAUGGGCAUCCAGGACAUUCUAACUGUUAUGGACUUACUGCGUACACUCCCUGCCACUUCUGUUGUCAAUGAGGCCUCCUUCAACCAGAAGAAAAUGACCAAGACAAACAGGAGACAGCGUUUGAGUAACAAGCACCUUGAUGAUUGCAUGGUUAUUCAGCUGGAGUCGACUGAUAUUUUGAACUUUGAUCCAACAGAAGCAAUUAAUAAAUGGAUGACAUCAAGUAAGCAGCCAAGAAGAUUGACCUACGCUAGAUCUACUUGCAACAAGAACAGCGAACAACAAGACGAAGACAUUAUGAUUCAGGAAGUGACACAGGAUGAGGAACCUAGGAAUACAACAGUUGCUGAAUCGGACCCUGAGACUGCAGAUGACUGUGACUACGAGACGGACUAUGACUCUGACAACGAACAGACAGAAGACUUUAAUGACAGAGCAAUUGAACAAACUGUGCAGGAAAUGGAAAUAGAAAUAAAUUAUUAGUUCGAUCUAUGUUAAUUUUAUCUCUUUUUAUUUAAAUCAACAAUGUCCGGUAAAUUUCACAAUUGUCCGGUAAAUUUUGAAUAUUUACCGGACAAUUGUCCUACAGAUUUUUUACUAGUUUCGGGAACUCUGCCAUCAUUACUGAGCCUAGUGGGUCAACAGGCAGCGUUUGGACAAGACACUAAGUUACGCAAGUCAUACGGUGCAAUGUCUAGGUCUCUUGAUUAUCGCACCUCUAACAGUCUAAUCCACGACUUGUUUACCGCAGGUCUAGAUCCAGUCUUCCA